AUGUUUCGUAACCAGUACGAUAGUGAUGUGACCGUAUGGAGUCCACAGGGUCGUAUGCAUCAAGUUGAUUAUGCUGUUGAAGCUAUGAAACAGGGAUCAGCCACUGUAGGAAUCAAGAGCGAGACGCACGCUGUUCUUGCUGCUCUGAAGCGUGCUCAGAAUGAGCUUUGUUCUCAUCAGAAGAAAAUCUACGAGAUUGAUACUCAUGCUGGUGUUUCUAUCGCUGGGUUACUUUCGGAUGGUAGAAUUCUUGCUAGGUUUCUUCAGACGGAAUGUUCUAGCUGGCGGUGGGAUUAUAAGGUUCCCGUACCUAUCUCUUCACUUGCGGACAGUGUACAACUUAAGCUGCAAGCGAAUACGCAAUACUAUGGACGUCGUCCUUUCGGCGUAGGUUUAUUGAUUGCUGGUUAUGAUAAAGAUGGGACUCAUAUUGUGCAGUCGGAUCCAUCUGCUGAGGUCGUGGAGAUGUUUGCUUCUUCGAUUGGUGCCCGAUCACAGUCAGCGCGUACCUACUUGGAGAGGCAUUUGGAGAAGUUCAGGAGUGCGAGUGCGGAUGAAUUAAUUGAGCAUGCUCUUUUGGCCUUGCGGGACACGUUACCUGCCGAGGAGAACUUGACAAGUCAGAAUACAUCAAUUUCUAUCGUUGGUAAGGGACAGCCAUUUAAAAUUAUGGAUGAUUCGGAAGUAGCUCCUUAUCUGACAAGAAUCGGCAACACACCGCGAACUACUGCGCAGGCAGAGGUGAGAGAGUUCCAUUGUUGA